CCGUUAUAAAUAAUUGUAUACACUGACCACUGUCAAAUUCCCUAAAAUACACUAAAUCCAUUACUGGUUUUAUUAUUCUAUCACAAUAUUAUAUAUGAAGUGAAAAAGUCUGUUAGGUUGCCGAAAUGCAUUCAAUCACCGACCACCACGACGCACAAGUAAAGGAGGAGCCUUGGUACUCAGUAUCAGAUGUAGCGGCAGUCAAUAUACGGGGAGACAAUCUGCAUGUUACUGGUGACACUAAACAACAGUCGCUUCCACUAGAUGAGGAGUAUCGGCAAUACAAUGAAGGUAGAAGUACUGAAGAGGAGCAGUGGACUGAAACAGAGGGUAAUGGGCAGGACGUAGAUAGAGUAGUGGUUGUAAAGACUGAGUAUGUUGAUGAAAACGAAGAACCAGCAGAUGUUAAUGAUAUAUUUUGUGGUGAGGUAAAUGAUAAUGUCCUAGAACUGUAUGAGGAUCAUGAAAUAAAAAACGAGAUGGUUAUAGGACCUACAGUUGUACAAGUGGAGUCUAGUAAAUGCAUGAAGCAUGAUAUACAAAAAUCAAUACAACAGAAGAGAAGAGGACCAUCUAACAGUAAACAAGUUCAUAUGUGUGAUAUAUGCAGGAAGACAUUCAAGGAUCAUAAAACACUAAAAGACCAUGUGUUAUUGAAAAACCAUGUUGUUGAAAAGCCAUAUAGUUGCAAUGUUUGUAACAAAUGUUUUAAAAACAAGAACUAUCUACCCAGACACAUGUUGGUACAUUCCAAUGAAAAACCAUACAGUUGUGAUGUUUGUAACAAAUGUUUUAGGACCAAGAACUAUCUAACCGAACACAUGCAAAUACAUUCCAAAGAAAAACCAUAUAGUUGUGAUGUUUGUAACAAAUGUUUUAAAAGGAAGAAUAAUUUGAAACAACACAUGUUUGUACAUACCAAUGAAAAACCAUAUAGUUGCGAUGUUUGUAACAAAGGUUUUAGAAUUAAGAUAAUAUUAAUCAGGCACAUGCUUGUACAUACCAAUGAAAAACCAUACAGUUGUGAUGUUUGUAACAAAUGUUUUAGACACAAGGACUAUCUAAGCACACACAUGCAAAUACAUACCAAUGAAAAACCAUAUAAUUGUGGUGUUUGUAACAAAUAUUUUAAACUGAAGAAUACUUUGAAACAACACAUGUUUGUACAUACCAAUGAAAAACCAUAUAGUUGCGAUGUUUGUAACAAAGGUUUUAGAAUUAAGAUAAAUUUAAUCAGGCACAUGUUUGUACAUACCAAUGAAAAACCAUACAGUUGUGAUGUUUGUAACAAAUGUUUUAGAUACAAGGACUAUCUAAGCACACACAUGCAAAUACAUACCAAUGAAAAACCAUAUAAUUGUGGUGUUUGUAACAAAUGUUUUCGAAUAAAGGGACGUUUAACCACACACAUGCUUGUACAUACCAAUGAAAAGCCAUACAGUUGUGAUGUUUGUAACAAAUGUUUUAAAACAAAGAGUAAUUUAACCAUACACAUGCUUAUACAUUCCAAAGAAAAACCAUAUGGUUGUGAUGUUUGUGACAAAUGUUUUAGAAACAAGAACAAUCUAACCAGACACAUGCGUACACAUUCCAAAGAAAAACCAUAUAGUUGUGAUGUUUGUAACAAAUGUUUUAAAGUGAAGAGUAAUUUAAACACACACUUGCUUGUACAUUCAAAUGAAAAGCCAUACAGUUGUGAUGUUUGUAACAAAUAUUUUGCAACGAAGACAUGUUUAACCAGGCACAUGCUUGUACAUAGCAAUGAGAAACCAUACAGUUGUGAUGUUUGUAACAAAUGUUUUAGAAAAAGGAACUAUUUAACCAAACACAUGCAAAUACAUUCCAAAGAAAAACCAUACAGUUGUGAUGUUUGUAACAAAUGUUUUAAACUGAAGAAUAGUUUAAAACAGCACAUGCUUGAAUAUACCAAUGGAAAACCAUAUAGUUGUGAUGUUUGUAACAAAUGUUUUGGAAUGAAGGUAAAUUUAAUCAGGCACAUGAUUAUACAUAACAAUGAAAAACCAUAUAGUUGUGAUGUUUGUAACAAAUGUUUUAAAGUGAAGUAUAAUUUAAAAAAGCACAUGCUUGUACAUUCAAAUGAUAAACCAUAUACUUGUAAUGUUUGUAACAAAUGUUUUAAAUUGAGGAAUAAUUUAAACCAGCACAUAGUUGUACAUAGCUAUGCAAAGCCUUAUAGUUGUGAUAUUUGCAAGAAAUGUUUUAGAAACAAGGAGUAUCUAUCCAGACACGUGCGUAGACAUCGCAAUGAAAAGCCAUAUAGUUGUGAUAUUUGUAACAAACGUUUUAAAGUGAAGAAUAAUUUAAAACAGCACAUGCUUACACAUACCAAUGAGAAGCCAUACAGUUGUGAUGUUUGUAACAAAUGUUUUAGAACCAAGAGCAAUAUAACCGCACACAUGCUUAUACAUUUCAAUGAAAAGCCAUAUGGUUGUGAUGUUUGUAACAAACAGUUUAGAAAUAAGGGCAAUUUAAAGAGACACGUGUGUGUCACCGUUAAUAACAUUUCAUGAUUAAUAAUUUUAUAUUGUUAUUUUGUACAUAAGUAUGUACAAAGUGGCAGCUCUGUCGUGCAAAUGUACAUCUGUUCAUUUCAGAAAAAAAUAUAUUUUAAGUAUUUUUUGCUUUAUGUCAUUGUGUACUGUGCAACCUCUGUUUAGAUGUAGACUCCAGGAGUUUAAGCUCAGUAUAUUGCAGGUAACAAGCUAUGGAUGUUAUUAAUGAGUCAGUGAAUUGUCAUAAUAUUUCUGAACCACCUCACCCUACCAUGUGGUGGUGAAACCUUAUUUUCUAUUUUAUUUCCUCAAUUUCUCAAUAUGCUUGUACAUUGCAAUGAAAGACCAUGUUGUUGUGAUUUUUGUAACAAAUGUUUUAUAAUCAAGCACAUGGACGUACACUCCAAUGAAAAAUCAUUGGAUUGUAUAAAUUAUAAAAUAUUAAAAUUAAGAACCUAUUAAAAAAUGUAAGACUAAUAAAAACUAUUAGUUGUAUAAAAAUUGUUUUGGUAUCGAAAAGUGAAAUUACAAAUUUACUAUUCAUUAAUUAGUGUUUUACUGUCCAAGCAUUUGUCUAAAGAAAAAAUUGUACUGGGGGAAUGAAAAUUUUUGUGUCCAAAGUAAUGUCAUAAUUUGAAUUGACCGCCAUUUUUCUGAUGUCAGUGCACCAAUGUCAGUGUGCCUUGACUUUUGUCAAGUAGAUAUUUAGUGAAUUAUUGGUCAACAAGCCAGUCGUCCUACAUUAUAAUGUACUGUGUGCCAACUGGAGCGAUAUACAACUAUAGAUGGUGCAAGUAGAGAUGUGCUAACUCGUAAUAAACAUGACUUGACUUAACUCGAGUUAGUCUAAUAUUGUUGGCCGCAGCUGGCCU